CUAAACCAAAACUACGGCGCUGCUGUCUGCUAAACUAGCGCGCGCAUGUCAGCGCAGUAACCAGCGGGUAGGACAGCGAUUCUGGAAGAUCGUUUUGUGCAUCAAAGAUCAGCGGUGGCUACCAUCGAUUUUUUGUACUUGCAAUGGCAUCUUACUUCGACGAACACGGCUGCUCACCUUUGGCUCCAGGCGAGCAGCCCGAUCAUAUGCUGCAUUUGGCGAGACUGCUGAUCGAUGGUGGGUACGGAGCUCAUUUCGACAUGGAAUACCACAGGAUUUUCCCGGACGAGCCCCAUAAACCGCCAGCGUCGAAAGCGGCAAUCGACUCGUUAAAGACUGCGCCAGUUGAAGAGGAAGGCAAGAAAUGUCCAGUUUGCUUGAAAGACUACUCACCCGGCGAAACGGUGACAGAGAUUGCCUGCUCUCACGCAUUCCACAAGGACUGCAUCAUUCCAUGGCUGACCAGAAUCAACACCUGUCCAGUCUGCAGGUACGAGUUGCCCACGGAUGAUCCGGAUUACGAGGCAUUCAAAGCCCAAAAGGCAAGUGUAGCUUUUCGGGGGAACUGCAGUACCCUCGCUGCGCUCCAGACUGUGCAGCAACGUCAAAAGUAUGCCUCAAACAAAUUCAGUUGCUAUUUUAACAUACAUGCUUAGCUUUCCUGAUCUCAGGAUGUUGAUGAAGAAGCACAAGGUCAACCAGCAGUACAAACACCGCUUUGUGCCAAUCACACCUGGGUGAUGGGCACAUGGUCGACAACUGCAGCUCAUUACGUAAAGGGCCCGUCGCACAGUUGCGUUUAAAGCGAGUCACGGGCACAUGUGUAGUAAGAAGCGGGAAAUCGAAUUCAAGGACUAGCUUGGCAUGCUAAUAAGCAGGGAUGCCACAAUUUCUCGGAAUUUUCUAGGUUUGCCGAGGACGCGUCAACCACGCGCACUUGUAGAGUAACUCUGAAGAUUCCUUGCGAAGGAAAAGCAACUACCCGCAUAAAGCUCAAUAAAAGCUCUCCAUUCUUUAGAAAGGCUGCAUAUACAAGAGUUGAAGCUGCCAUAAGUGCCAAGCGCGCAAUAUUUUAAACUUGUGUUUGCGGCGUCAAGUUAGCACAAUUCUUCAAAUCGAUCACUGUAGCGACUAGCUUGUGUGUUAUGCUUUCUCGCAUUUGAACUAUCAGUGUAAAUGGCAGUAGUAGCAAGCCACAGGCUUUUGUGGACGUACAAACCUAACAUGGCAAGAUAAAAAUCGUAAUGCAACACCCGAGACUGGUGCAGAAAAAAUUAAAACCUCCAAAUCCAAGGAAAACUGCAGAAAGCAGUCUCCGGUGCUCCACAAAGAUUUACCACCAGCUCGUCGCAGCAUUUCCACAACAUUCGUCCGUGUAACCAUGGGGUACGUGCCUACAUUCUAGAGAAAACUGCAGCACACACAUGCGUUACCACACUAGUGUAGCUAGGAGUGCCAGUGCAGUAGACGGUAUCCGACAUGCCUUGUAGCAACGGGAGCCCCCACGCUGCCUACUUGCAACGAAAAAAUAAAACAAGUGUCAGACAAUUCUGUGCGGCCACAAGGGGCCAAACAGAACACAAAACAAUUGUGGUCUAGUCAGCUAGGGGGAAGGGCAAACCGCCCAAAGGGGAGCUCAUGUGAAACAAGGCACAUCGUAUACUCGCACCAGCAGCAGGUCUCCUGCGCUACCCUCUUAACUCUUCUCUCCUCCCCCAGGCCAGGGUCAAGCAACGCGACGAGGCCCUCCAAGAACUGCACAACUCCAUGUUUGGAUGACUAAAUCGUUUUUACUGCCACAGUAAAAAAAAAAAGAAAAACUGCUAUGUACAGAUCA